UUUGACAGGGAGACUACAAGUUGUGUCAGUUCCAGUGGAGCGCUAGAUCAUUCAGUCAUGGUGGCUCAUCUCUACCUAGGUGCGAUUGCCCUGGCUGUUUUUGCAACAACUGUUGCCAAUGCAGGUAUUCUUUCUAUUGAAGUUGAUUGUACAAAAGACAUUGUAAAAGUCAAAUUGAGGAUCAUAGCGGAGCUGGUGCCCAAUGCAACUCGUUUCUUCCUUGGAAACUGCAUGGCCUCUAAGUUUAAGAUCCUUCCCAACGGAGAGGGGGACGCAGAGUUCCACUACCGUUUAGCUGACUGCAACUUUAAAAGACUGAUAAAAGGAAAACGUCUCAUCUUUGAAAAUCAGCUGACCUACAGGCCAUUUCCAAAGGGUUUCCCGCCUACCUUUGUGCAUCCCAUCCUGUGUGUUUAUGAAAGACCCUCGGGAUGGCAGCCGCCUUUCCUGAACUCUGGGUCAGGUGUUUCUGAAGGCCGAGGCGGUCUCGUGUUCCACAUGGCGCUGCUCAAUGUUCAAUUAACAGCUUUAGCAAAGACAAAUGUUUUCCCCCUUGGCUCCUUCCUGCCAAUAUGGGCUGCGGUGGAGCAGAAGUCCCAUCAACCCUUGCUGCUGCUCAUGGAGGAAUGUGUGGCGACCACUACACCAGAGCUGCAGCCUGGUAGCCAGGUUUACCCCAUCAUAAGCAAUAAGGGGUGUCUUCUGGAUAGCGUGAGGGGACACUCUUUGUUCCUCCCUCGCUCCCAGUCGUCUGCUGUCAUCCUUAUGCUGCAGUCCUUCAAGUUCAGUCUUGGAGAGGAGGUGUACAUUCACUGUAAACUGGUUGCAUGGGAUCCCGAAGUUUUUGAUGAAAGCAAGAAAACCUGCCAUUAUAAGAAGGAAAGCCUGAGUUGGGAACUACUUGAUGACCCCUUUCAGAGCUCCGUCUGCAGCUGCUGUGACUCGACCUGCAAGUCGCGCUCCAAAAGAGGUGUUGAAUGGGAAUCUCACAGCUUUACUCCCAAUUCUGUGUUGGGACCCCUGAUCAUAACGGAGCCAUCUGACCCAAAGGUCAACAACAUGUCAGGGGGCCCAGUCCAAGAGCUGACAGACUCCGUGACAGUGCUUGACAGCAGCAGAUGACCUCAGUCCUCAUGACUAACAAGACAUUGGGACAUCAGCUUUACAUGACCUCAGCUUGAGCUGUUUGCAGAUUCAUUAAGAUUGUCAAAUGUCAUACAUCCAUCUUAAAUUCUCUAAACAAAUAAAUCGGGUAUAAACUCCUGCUGAAAAUCUA